AUGGUGCUUUUCAGGUACCAAUUAUGUUCGAUGUGCCGAGCGGUUCGUCAUCUUCCUCGUACCUACUUCCCACGCAUACUUAAUGAGGUGAUUUGUGGUGAAAGCACAUGCGUUAAGGGUGAUGGACGAUGUGCACAACGAUUUCUUCCUUUGAAGAUUUUGCACAACACAGGCACGGAGAGAUGCCCAAAUUGGAGUAUUGUCUCUAUUGAUUUGAGAACUUGUUGUGAUUGUGUGAUACAUUCCUUUUCUCCAUUCCUACGGUAUAUUCAGCAGAAUUGA